AUGUCAUCGCCAACGAGACGGCAACCGCAAAGUGAUGGAUUAUACUCGCAUGUACAGUUUACAAAUCAAUAUUCACCACUGACAACAUCAACAAAACAUACAAAAGAAACAAAGAUUACUGGUAAACCAAUUACACCACGUGAGAAUACUUCCCACAACAGCAACAGCAACAUGAGGAAGAACAAUACUGAAAAUGUCAUUAAACCACACGAUCCACCUUUAUCUACCACACGUAAGUCGAUAUUGAACAUGAGUUCCAUUACUCGCUCAACAAGCCGACGAUUUGCAAGGAAUGGUCGCACUAGUAUUGGCUUACCACGGUCAUCCCCUUCCAAAUUGGAACGCAGUAGGCGAUACAUGGAGAUCUCACCAAAACGAAGAAGAACCCUGGGUUUCAACAAGGAAUCGGUUCUUGAACAGUUUACAGAGUCUGACAGAUUGAUAAAUAGCGUAAAUGGCACGAGACGUGUGAUGCAUUUGGACCAAUCUAGUGUUUCUGAAGUUGAGGAUUUGAGCUCACCAAUCCGAAAUAGGAAAAUGAGAGUGGAUGCAUCUGUCGGAUUAAACGAGAAGCAGAAUAAUGAUAAUAGUAAUAAUAAUAAUAAUAAUAAUAGUGCUGGUGGUGGUGGUGUAGUUGGCAUUGGUUUGACUAGGAUACCAAGUUUGAGAAAAGAGGAAGAAGAACAAGAAGAACAAAAAGAGCAACAUAAGGAAGGAAAACAAGGAGAGGAGAACCUAACAAGAAGUACAUCUCAGAAUGUUAUACGAAGUCAGUUUGAACUAUCACCAGCUGAGCUUAGUGAAGGUGCUAAACGCGCAAGGACCUACCCAAACCGCGAUAAUCAAAGAGCACAUACAUCAGGUCAAUCCACACACCUUUCAGAAGGAGAUGUUAAUGUUGAGGAUGGCGAUAUUGAGAAUGACGGCGAUAGUAGUGAUUUUGAAAUUCUCGAUGAUAAUUUAUACCUGAAGGAUCCAAGUCAAACAUUGAAUCACACCCAAUUAACCAAGAUCAUUAGAGACCUGCGUAAUUCAGGAGACAAAGAUUUAACGCCAAAUCGGCCUACUGAACCUGAUGCCCAUAGUCCGCAAUCUCACUCGCAUUCAAGAAUAUUGUCACAAUCACCAGAUAUCGCGAACUCAGUACUGGCACAAGAUACGAGUCCCUUGAAAAGCCAUCCAACUCAUGGUCAUCAAACACAUGACACUACAGCGUCUAUAACAUCAACAGCAGCAGCAUCCCGAAAACGUCAAUAUGACAAUGGUGAUGGUGAUGAUGAUGAUGUGGAUGAUGAUGUUGAUGGUGAUGAUGAUGAUGUGGAUGAUGAUGUUGAUGGUGAUGAUGAUGUUGAUGGUGAUGAUGAUGUUGAUGAUGAUGAUGAUGAUGUGGAUGAUGAUGUUGAUGGUGAUGAUGAUGAUGUGGAUGAUGAUGGUGACCAUAACAACAAUUAUAAUGGGAAUACCCGCGGGGAUGGAGAUGAAAAAGAGCAGGAAAGUGCUCGAUACUUGAACUCCCCCAAUUCUAGAGCAGUGUUUUCCACAAACUACGUUAAGAAAUUACAAGACUCACAUAAAGCAAGAUACGCUACGAUUGUCGAUAAGUUGGCAUUGAAGGAGAUGGAUUAUUUAAAAACACUUCAAACCAAUAAUGAAUUACAAGCAAAACUCUUGAUACUAGAACAAGAGGCAAGGGAGUUUGAUGAAACUCAAUUCAAUGUUCAAGAGUCCAAUGAGCAGAUGAAGAUUCAACUUCGAGAUGCAAACGAGAGAAUUAAGGAAUUGAACGAGUCCUUGGAUGGUAUUCAGAAUAAAGCUGCUCUUUUGCAACAACAAUUGGAGGAUGAAAGAGAGUAUACUCUGCAAAUGACGCAUACCAUGGCACGAUAUGAAGAGGACUAUAAAAUUGCUACAAAAGAAAAAGACAACAUUGAGCAAGAGUUGGUUACUUUAAGGAACAAGGAUAUAGAACGCAAUUUGGAAAUGGACCGACUCAUUGAUGAACGAGAAAGAUUAACAAAAGAGGUUUCAAAAGUACAAGAAGAACUCGAAUCAUUGAGAAUCGCCUACAAAAAAGUAGAAGCAAACGCAGAAGCAAGGGUAGAUGAACAUCAACAGAAACUCAAGUCUUUGCAAGAACAUUGCUCAGAAUAUGAAGAGAAACUCAAAGAACGCGACUUGGCUGUGUUUGAACUUCGUCAAAAGGAAAAGGAUUUGAGUCUGAAGUUGAAUGACCAAAAGGAAUUGGUAUCUAAGCUAGAAAGUAAUAUUGAAGACAUCAAAAAGACACACGCCCAAGACUUGACCGAAUUGAACAAUCAGCACGAGACAAGAGUUCAAUCGCUAGAAUUAAACAUAGCAAAGUUUUGCGACAAAGAAAAGCAAUAUGCAAAUGAUAUACAUGACUUGCAACUGAAGUUAAAAUCAGCAGAGCAAAAUAUUCAAAGUUUCACCAACCAAAAAUUGCAAUGGGAAAAAGUUGCCGAGCAAAACAAGGAAUUGGAAGCUCUUAAUAGUAAGCUCGAGAAGCAAAUCAAAGAAAGUUCAACAAACAAUUCAAUCAGUCUUGAAGAGAAGGAAAAAAUAAUUAAAAAACUUACUCAAGACCGUGAUAAUCUAAAUGAUGUAAAUUUGAAGCAUCAAAAUGAGAUUCAAAAACUUGAAAAAGAGAUUGAAGACAAAAUCAAGACAAAUGAUUCAUUGACCAAGAGUAAAGAGAUUCUUACAGCAGAUGUGUCACAUUUGCAACAGCAAAUUUCGGACCACAUUAAAAGUGAAGAGGCAAAGGAUCUGGAAUUGCAGAAUACUUUGAAAGACAAGAGGGUUUAUGAGGUUAAACUUGAAGAGUUGUUGUCAACAUUUGAGAAAUACAAGAGUCGAAUGGAUGCCGAAGAAGAAGAACUUUCCCGAGCUAGAGCUGAGAUUGAAGCACACGAGGCGAAACGCAAUGAGAUACUUGAAGCAUCUUCAAAACUUCGUUCCGAGAGGCAAGAGCUCUCAAAGAAAAUCGACAAUUUAACCGAGGUGAACUAUGACUUGCAACGAGAACUCGAGCAAGUGAAAACACUGUACGAAGACAAGAUUGCCAAUUUGUACAAAUCACUAUAUGACGAGUACCUGCAAAAGCAUAAACGGAAACUUCAAGAUUAUGAAGAAUAUUAUGAGAGCAAAUUGGCUACAAAGGAAAAAGAGUUGAGAACUUUAACUAGGGAUUUUGAGUUUGCCAAGAUGCAAAAUGAUAAAUUGAGACUGGAUAAUAACAAGUUGAUUGCUGAGAAGUGCGCCUCACCUGAAAAGCCUGCUGCAUCGAAUUAUGGAUCGAGGUAUAGUAGAGUUUAG